AUGCAGCUGCGGAGUGAAUGUAUACUGAAUAUACCCAUCUUCCUGAAAGAACUUGCGCUGAGCUUGAUUUUGUCACACAGCAUCCUGGUGGAGAUGACACAAGAGCCUGAUCCUGAUGACGAGGGGACAAAAAUAAGUACAGUGAAAGUCCAGGGCAACGACAUCUCACACAAGCUCCAAAUCUCCAGAGUCAGCAAGAAUGACGACGGACUGUAUGAGUGCCGGGUGACACGAGCUAACUACGUGGAGGUUGUGGAUUACAAAGCCAAAGCCUGGCUGAAGGUCAACGCUACGGCCAGGCCACGACGACCUCUGCUGCCUCCCAAGAAAAGCUCCCCGCUGCACCUGACAGACAAGAAGCCGAGAAAGUCCAGCUCAUCUCCGGGCCAGGACAGCAUGAGUUCAGACCAGAAAGUGGCCUCAACCUCCACCUCCCACACAUCCUCCAACACAGCUCAACACAACCCCGCCUCAGGUACAAGAAUAUUAUCCAACUGUGGGCUGGCUGUCCUCCUCCUGGCAUGUGGUCUGGUGAGGGAUGCCUUGUUAUAAUUUGAAGAACUGAAAUGGUUUGCACCCUGAUCUCGUACCUUCCUUCCCCCAUACUCACAUAUACAGAUACAAACACACACAAACGCAAACACACAUACACACACAACACGCGGACAGCAAAGAUGGCCCUCAUUACCCCGCCACUACUGCUCUUGCACCCAGCACAUUGUUAUUAGCCACUGUAAACACCAGUCACCUUUAAGCCAGUUGGAUUACCUUUUGUACAGAUGUCGCCAUGGCACCAACGCUCCGGUGUGAAAACGGACUCUGUAUCUUGUUGGAUAACUCUCAUGGAAGACUGACUUUCUUAUGGUUUCGCUAUUCCAGUCAAAUGUGUUCAUUGCUCAAAAGUGAACAAGAAAAAAUGAGAAUCUAUAUUUGCGUAAUAGAUAUGAUUCUAGAUAUAUAUAUAUAUAUAUCUGUUUUAUUUUAAAAUCCUAUCAAAUACUGUAUGUGCUGUAUACAUAGCUGAAACUCACCAUAUUGGCCAUGGAACUUCAUUGUGAAUAGGCACUAUGGCCCUCUCAAAUAAUCAAAAGAAAUUAAAGUACAUGCUAAUUUAGACUGUUGUUAAUAUUAACCAUACGGUUAAAAAGUUUAAUUAUUUUACAGCUGUAUUGGCGAUCUAAAUGUUCUAAGCAUCAUGUUACAUCUUGUUAGUGAUACAUAUACCGCUGUGCAUGCUUUUUGGACUGAAGGCUAGAGGGAAACAAAAUUAAAUUGAGCAACACUAGUCAUCACUUGGAGUUCCGUAUGUCAAAUUUAGCUUUUAUUGUUUGUGCUAGCUUUGGUGUAAAAUAAAAAAAUGUCCCUUGUUAUUUUAAUUUGUAUUGCAUCCUUAGUAGGAAUAAAAUGGGUGUCACAAUGUAUGCGUCAUUGAAAAUCGCGAAAACGAUGAUUAAUUUUAAUUGAACUGUACCAUUUUAUAAAGGCAUGCUUCAGUUGCUUUAGCGCCUCCCUGGUAUGUCUCAUUAUUAUAAAGGAUAAAUAAGUAUUUAGCCAAUUUUGAUCAUAGGUAUCGCAAGUUUCUAUUAUUUUAAUACCAGCACACAAACACACACAUUUGCAGGUAGAUGUCUGAGCAGCUGGAGGACAUGAGAUGCAGUGCAACACAAGUAAACUCUAAACUCGCUCAUCAUCAACAUUGUAUAUGACCCAAUUUUGGGACGAAUAAUUUAGUUUUGUUGAAACUAUCUAUCUUGUAUCUUACAGUAAUAUAUAUUUUACCUUUAUUUUCAGAUGAUAUGUCAUAAAGAUUUGUAUUCACGCGAAGCAUUUAUAAGCAAAACGCUUUGACAAUCUGACACAAACAUCGACAACGAUGUUUUUUGGUUUUAUAUUGGAACAACAGAUACAACAGUAUAACCUCUAAAAUCAAUGGGAUUCUUUUGUUGUUGUUAACUUUUGAGCAGAAAGGGAAAUUGUGCGCCAUCCAUCAGAAAUGCAGGUGUUCCAAUUUGAAAUGAAAUAUUUAUGAAUAAUAGAGUAGUUUACUUAUGUCUCAAUAAUCAUACUGUAAGUGAAUGUUAUCCACCAUGAGUAUCAUUUGGUAAGACCCAGAAGAACAUGCUAUUUUCUUUGCUUAAUUGAUGCCCAAAAUUGAACUUAAGGUAACAUGAAGCAUGAUUAUGUAGUUUCUCAUGUGUUGUAUAAUAUAAUCUAAAUUCAUACAUGACAUAAAAAUGUAAUUGCCAACGUUUACUGUGCUGUGUGUUUUCAAAAAGCAACAUUUUCACCUCCCUUUAAGCUUUUGUUCCGCUUUGCAGACAAAGCGAACAUCCCCCCUGUAUAGUUGUACUGCAUUCCUAAAGAACUGUGGAGGGAAACUUGUUGAUUCAGCAUGGUUCAAAGGCUGGCAGUGCUUGUCAUGGGAGCAGACCAGAGACAUCAGCAGCUUCCAGCCUGAGUAUAAGAUGUGCUAGUGAUUGAGGGCAACCCUGUCUAAUCCCUCAAGUUCCAAAUAGCUUCAGGGUAUAGUUGGACAGUUAAUCUACCAUCACUGUCAUAUAUAUCCCACUCUGCUGUGACUGGAAAUCGAUUGCUGUGUUUUGAAAUGAGAACAUGUUAUGUAAUAUGAUUCAUAAAGUUUAGACUGCAGAAAAAAAUAAAGCUUAUUUUAGUGUAGAAUGGGAUUUUAAUGUUGAUUCUAUUGGAAAUGGAAUUGGAAAAGCACUUUGGAGAGUUUGCAGAGUUUGAGCGGACGGUUUGUCCAACCCUCAUGUAAAAAGCAACAGAUCUGUACAACUUGUAAAUGAAAUAAUCAGCAUGUUGACAUUUUUUAAUCCAUUUAAAAAGGCAGAGGCCAGUGAUGUUCUGUACUUGUAAAAAUGAUGUCAUGUACUCAUACUCAAGUGCUAACAAGUCCAAAGUGGUUUUUCAUCUCUUCAAAAUGAACUUGGAAAAAAUGUAUAUGACAAAAAAAAAUCUAUAUAUAUUAAAAAAAUCUUCUUUUAAAGCUUUCAUCCUAAUCUAGGGGGCUCAUUGACUAAGGGUCCUUGCAACAUAUCAAAUAAUAAAGAAGGACAUAUUGGAGCGAUUAUUGAUUUGAUAUUGUGAUUGAACUGAUGACAAAUGUGUCAUGAGUGUGGGAUGUAAUGGAGGCUGGAUUGCAUACAAGCAACAAGGUCUCUGUUAAUGAAUAGGGAGAACAGUUCACAAUGACAGCAGUUCCUUCAUCUGGGCUGUUAUUUCAGAAACACAGCUUUUCUCCUUUUAUGUUUUAUAUGCCACACUACUCAUUCACUCUAGAUGUAUUUGUUUCUUCUGAUGUAUUUAAUUUCAAUGCGGUCCUGUCUGUUUGUUGAGCUGUCAAAAAUUCUAAUGAAUUAUAGUUCUCUUUUCUUUGGUAUUGUGUUAGGCUUCUGUACUGAAACAUUGCAACAGUUUGUAUUAUAAUGACGAUAUCAGAAUAAUAUUUAAAUAAACCAUUUU